CACCUCUCAGGACACCUGCGCGCUGGGGGCUGAGCAGCCGGGGAGGUUCCCCGCUUCUGGAACCCAGCCUGGGCCGUGUCCUCAGGCCCCCGCCUCGGCCCAGGGCUGGGGUCAACAGAGGCGCCAAGCAGGCGGGCAGGCCGUUGAGGAAGAGGAAGCUGGGGCAGAGUUGGGUCACCCUGCGGUUCCCCGGGGGCCCCGACCCGCCAAUGCUCCCCCUGGGCCUCCUGGAAGCCUUAGCUGUGGGUCCUGUGGGCCGCAGGAGCUGGUAGCUGGCCAGGUACUCACAACAGCGAGGACAAGCCUCCCUCUGGCUCGGAGCCCAAGCCAUGUGUCCAGCCCUUUGACUCUGGAGCUGCAGCCUCAGCCACCGAGAGCAGCGGCGCAGCCCAGAGGUCCGAGCAGCCAGACUUCCCCACCAUGGAGCACGAGCAGGAGGAUGGAAUUCCGGGGCAGCUCGGCGACAGCACGGAGGACCUCGGCCUGGACCUGGGGGCCCUGCAGGGCAGCGAGUAUCUCCAGGACCUGGGCCUCGGGGCCUUUUCCCACAGCGAGCCUGGGGGGGCCACUGUCAGCGAAGAGGCCGGAGGAGAAGCGACCUUCUCCAGCUCAGCAGAGCCCCAGGGCCUGCCUCGGAGACGCAGCUGGGAGAGGUCUCGGAGCUGCUCUGAGAGCUGGCAGAGGCUCAGCUUCGAGGCCUCGGCUGUGAAGGAGGGGCCCUGUCUCCCUCGGACGCUGGCUAGCCUUGCUCUGAACCUUCCGGGAGAGGAUCUGCAGGCCUGGACCCAAGAGUGUCUGUCUGGGGGUGGAAUCUCAGCAGAGCUCCCAGGCAAGGAAUGUGACAGCCCUGAGAAAAGAGUGAGGUCACGGUCCGUUCCCGUGUCCUUCGAUGAGAUCAGCUCCCUGGAAAUCUCUCCCACUUUGGAGGUGCCUACUCCAGCUGUUCAAGGCCUGGAGCCCCCAGUGCUGGAGUGCAUGGAAAAGGACCACGUGGAGUCAGAUCACGUGCUGAUUGUCCAGCAGGUGCUUCAAGAACUUCGGCAGUACCAUGGGGCCCGGCAGAGGGCUCGCUUGUCAGUCAGUCCCGGAGGAGCCCACUCGAACCUCACCUGGUUUGAGUUCCUGUCUGAGAGCGAGGACGGCGCCAGCAAGGGUGAGCGGAGUAACAGGAGCACCAGGGUGAAGCGCAGACUGAGCUCCCUACGUUGUCGGGUCACCAGGCAGAAGGAGAAGGGGAAGAGCCCAGUGCUUCUAAAGGACAAGGGUCAGGAUGCUAGAGAGAGGAAGGAAUGUAUCAACGGGCACCAGCUGAUGCAAGGAACCUUCCUGGGCCACUCCAGCUGCCCCCUGUGUGGCAAACCCUUUCUGAGCUCUGCGUCCCUGAAGGAGCACCCGAGGGCCACCCUCUUGUCUGAUGGCAGCCCGGCCCUGUCCAGGAAUGUCGGCAUGACGGUCUCACAGAAGGGGGGGCCACAGCCAGCACCCAGCCUGGCGGGAACGGGGACACAGCUCGGACCGGUCACAGGAGAGAUGGAUGAAGCCGACUCUAUAUUUUUAAAAUUUAAGCAGGCAGCCGAUGACUCUCUCUCGCUUACAUCUUCGAAUGCCGAGCCCAUUUUUGUAGAAGACCCCUGCACGGCCUCGCUGAGGAGUGAGAUCGAGGCGGACGCCCGCGACUUCGAGGCCGAGUCCUGGAGCCUCUCCGUGGACGCAGCGUACGCAAAGAAACAAAAGAAAGAGGUGGUGAAGAGGCAGGGUGUUCUCUACGAGCUGGUGCAGACGGAGGUGCACCAUGUCCGGACACUCAAGAUCAUGCUGAAGGUCUACUCCAGGGCGCUGCAGGAGGAGCUCCAGUUCAGCAGCAAGGCCGUCAGCCGCCUCUUCCCGUGCGUGGACGAGCUGCUCGACGUGCACAGCCACUUCCUCUCUCGGCUGAAGGAGCGCCGCCAGGAGUCCCUGGAGGAGGGCAGUGACCGCAAUUACGUCAUCCAGAAAAUUGGGGACCUCCUGGUGCAGCAGUUCUCCGGCGAAAAUGGGGACAGAAUGAAAGAAAAAUAUGGUGUCUUCUGUAGUGGCCACAAAGAGGCGGUCAGUCAUUACAAGCUGCUACUGCAGCAAAACAAGAAAUUUCAAAGCCUCAUCAAGAAAAUUGGCAACUUUUCCAUCGUGAGGCGGCUCGGCGUGCAAGAAUGUAUUCUUCUGGUCACUCAGCGUAUAACCAAGUACCCCGUGCUGGUGGAGCGCCUUAUUCAGAACACAGACGCUGGCACCGAGGACUACAGAGACCUGACGCAGGCCCUGAACCUCAUCAAGGACAUCAUCUCCCAAGUGGACGCCAAGGUCAGCGAGUGCGAGAAAGGCCAGCGCCUCCGGGAGAUCGCGGGGAGGAUGGACUUGAAGUCCUCCAGCAGGCUCAAGAACGGGCUGACCUUCCGCAAGGAGGACAUGCUGCGGCGGCGGCUCCACCUGGAGGGGACGCUGUGCUGGAAGACGACGUCGGGGCGCCUGAAAGAUGUCCUUGCUGUCCUGCUGACUGACGUGCUUUUGCUGCUACAAGAAAAGGAUCAAAAAUAUGUCUUUGCCUCUGUGGACUCAAAGCGCCCGGUCAUCUCGUUACAAAAGCUCAUUGUGAGGGAAGUGGCCAACGAGGAGAAAGCCAUGUUUCUGAUCAGCGCCUCCCUGCGAGGGCCCGAGAUGUACGAAAUUUACACCAGCUCCAAAGAGGAGAGGAACACGUGGAUGGCCCACAUCAGAAGGGCCGUUGAGAGCUGUCCGGACGAGGAGGAGGGGCCCUUCAGCGAGGCUGAGGAGGAGAAGAAGGUGUUCGAGGCCCGCACCCUGAGGCUGAGGGACUUCCAAGAACGAUUGAACCUGAAAGACCAGCAGAUCGCGCAGAGCCUUGGCGAGAAGCAGCAGAUCUACCUGGAGAUGGCGGAGAUGAGCGGGCUGGAAGACGUCGCUCAGUCGCGACUCCUCUUCCGAGGAGGGGAUCCCUCCGAGACCGUGCAGGGGGAGCUGAUCCUCAAGUCGGCCAUGAGUGAGAUCGAGGACAUCCAGACCCUGAUCUGCAGGCAGCUGGGCAGCGCCAACGGCCAGGCGGAAGACGGGGGAGGCUCCGCGGGCCUGCCCCGCAGGGCAGAGACCUUCGGGGGCUAUGACGCCGUGAGCAGCCCCGGCAAGAACGGCAGCUUGAAGAAGGCCUGCAGCAGCGACCCCAGCCCCCGAGACUGGCAAGGCCCAGUGAGCAGCCUGGACUCGAAGCCCUGCAGCGCCCCGGGGGCCUCUGAGGGGGCCCCACCUGCCGUCGCCGGGCCGGGUGCGGAGUCUGGCCCCCGUCUGCCCGCAGUCCUGGAGUUGGAGCUUGUCCAGCGGGUCCAGACCCUGUCCCAGCUGCUCCUCAGCCUCCAGGCAGUCAUCGCCCAGCAGGACAGCUGCGUGGAGAUGCAGCGGGCCGCCAUCCAGGAGCGCGAGAAGCAGCUGCGCCUGCAGUCCACGCGCGGGAACGUGCUGCUGGAGCAGGAGCGCCAGCGCAAUUUCGAGAAGCAGCGGGAGGAGCUGGCCGGCGUGCAGAAGCAGCAGGGCCGCCUGCGGCUGGAGCAGCAGCGCUGGGAGCGCGAGCGGGAGCGCCAGCAGCAGGAGCUGGACCUGGCGGCGGCCCGGCUGCGGCGGCGCGAGGAUGAGCAGCUGCAGCUGCAGGAGCAGCUGAGCCAGGAGCGCGAGAAGCUGGAGCAGCAGCGGCGGGCCUACCAGCACGACCUGGAGCGGCUGCGGGAGGCGCAGCGCGCCGUGGAGCGGGAGCGGGAGCAGCUGGAGCAGCAGCGGCGCCUCAAGAAGCAGAACACGGUGCCCGGGGCGCUGCCGCCCGACCCGCCGGCGGAGGCCCAGCCCCCAAGCCACACUCCCAGCUUCAACGGGGAUGGCCUGGAAGGGCCCGCUGCCCUCGCCAAAGUGCCAGGAGCCCGGGCGAGCACGCUGCUGGCCGGGGCCGAAUUCACAGAGCGCCCCGACGUGGCUCGCCGGGACAGCGCCCCGGCCGAGAGCCGGCCGGCCAAGAGCGACGUCCCCAUCCAGCUGCUGAGCACCACCAACCAGAUCCAGAGGCAGGCGGCCGUGCAGCAGCAGAUCCCCACCAAGCUGGCUGCCGCCACCAAAGGCGGCAAGGACAAGGGCGGCAAGAGCAGGGGCUCCCAGCGCUGGGACAGCUCAGCCUCCUUCGACCUGAAGCAGCCGCUGCUCCUGAGCAAGCUCAUGGGCAAGGACGAGAACACCGCGCGGAACCGCCGUUCACUGAGCCCCGUCCUGCUCAGCGGCCACAGCUCCGUGCCCCCCGCAGACCCCUGCUGCUCAGCCCCGGCCGACGUCCCCCCUGAGGGCUUCCCCCUCAAGCCCGGGGGCGCCUCCGUGCCCCCCUCCCCCUUGCCACUGCCCACCACACCACUCGACAAGGAAGACGGCAGCAAGGAAGACGUCAUCUUCUUCUAGAGCGUGUGGCUCGAGGUGCAGACCCCUCCCUGUCCUGCUCUCUGGGGAACAGCCCAGUCGUCCCUCUCCUCGUCCCGAACAAACCACCACCAACGGCCGCCUGGCUGGGGCCAGGGCCAGGGCCAGGGCCAGGGCUGGCCCGUCAUCUCGAGGCUCUUUCUGUAGGAUUAGCAGUGGUGCCUGGGUAACUUUCUAAACCUCUUUUUUUUAACACAGAAAGGAAAGUUUUUAAUCAAAGGUUGAACCAGAGCUAACCUGAGGAGGCUGUGUCCGGUCGUAGCACCCCUUUUGGGUAGGGAGACGUCGACUCCACGCCGUUUUUCCAAGGUAGUGACAAACAGUGGUGGCUCUGCAAGAUGCCUGAUGACAGGUCAGACUCCAGUCUGAGAAGCACGUGCUGGCCCUGGGCCAGGCUCCACAGCCACCAGGAGACGCCGGAACAGGUCAUUAGGGUCCCAGAAGGGGCUGGGUGGUGUCAGCAGGAUCCGCUUCCAAAGCAGAGACUUACCUGUGUUUGUGGUGAACCUCAAGGCCAGGGCAUGAGCUCAGAUGGGGUGGCACACAGGCCACCCAGGGACAGAAGGCCACAGAGCGGGGCGUAUGAAGAGGACGGCCAGUGGCACAGAUGACAGGUUCCAUAGGUUCUGAAAGGGACGGACCAUAACUCAUUUUAAUUUGACAGAGGUUUUUAAAACCUGCUUUUGCCAAACUUGGUGCUUUCUAAAGGCACCUCACCACGGCAGCAUGUGUCUGUGGGGUUCAAGGGCACCAGCCGUUCUCCGAGCGCUCCGUCUGUCCAGAGAAGCCCAAUCAAGAGCUUUAGCCAGGGCCAGCACGCUCCUGAGGGUCCGCAGACGGUCCUCAGCCCCCGUGAGAUGGCCGGGUUUUCCUGUGGCUGCAGGGAGGAAGGCCCCAAGGGCGGGUGUCCCUCACCGACGGGCAGGUGCUGGUACCAGGCACGGAGCAGUGGGGCCACCCACUGGGUGAAAUGCUGGAGGGGUCACACAGGGCCUGCAGACCUCAGAUGGGCAGAUGGCUCCAGGUGCCUCGUGUCCAGUGAGCUGUGCUAGCUUACGUCACCUCCUCUGGAGGACAAGGGCCACCCACCCGCUGCACAGCUCUGGACGCUGGGGACCGAGCUGCAUGUCCAGGAACACUCUGGGGCCGGCCAGUGGGUCAGAUGCACACACUUCCACAAGCUUGGGUGCAGGGCGGGGGGUGGGGACACUCCAGCCUUUGCUCCCCAGGCUCCCCCACUGAGCCCAGAGCCCGGUCCCUCCCAGCUGACCAGUUCUGAACCUCUCCGGGCACAGUGAAUGGUGUUCCAAGCCCGCUCCUCGGAGAAGCUCUGCCUGCUCCCGCCUCCCUCGGUCCUGUGACGCGUCUGAGCUCCUCCGUGCCAUGUCUGUGAUCAGUGUUUGUGUUUUCGUACCGAGACGUCUCAGCACUUUAGCAAAGUUGACUUAAGUUCCUGUCCUAUUGUGAGGAGAGCAUUCCGGGGCCCUCGUGCUGGGUGAUUUCACCGCCACACGCCCCUGUCUGCCUGCUCUGCUCUGACCCUCCGAGGCGCCACAGUUCCUCAGCCGAUGACAAGUCCAGGGACUCUCUGCGCGGCCGUGUGGCGGGAACUGGGGCGUCCCGCCUCGAGGCAGUGUUGGCGGCGGUCCGUGUCUCGUUCGGGCGAGGCCACUCCUGGGGAGAGCCCGAUUUUCCUUGUACGGUUGGUGGUUGAGCAGACCCUCUUAUUUCUGUGGAACCCGUGCACGUCUUUGUUCUUUGUGACCAUGAUCUUAGUCCACCCGACAAUUACUUUUAUGAUGAUUGCAGCAUUUCCUCACCGCGGGCUCUUCAGACCCGCCUUAGAACUUAAGACCUGAUUCCAGCAAUAAAAGUGUCGAAGAUGA